AGACCAAUCAUGCGAUUGUUCAUUCGUCGCUCGGGGUCUAGACCGAGCCUCUGCAGCCAUUGAUUAUUAAAAUACCGAGUCCUCUACCCAACUUGUUGACCAUACUAUAUAUCAAGAUCUCAAGACGUAGUCAGGAGAAUUGCUAAGCGUCGUACGAUGCGGUUUGUUUGUCUCGAGUUUGAGUUUGAGUCUUGUCUUAUACAUGAAUGCACCUAAGGCAGAUUACGUACGUCCAAGGCACAGUCAGUGUCGAUCAUUCGACCUAUACCGUUAGGGAAUGAAUUACCUGGCUCCAAGCCAGAGGAGCAUAAGUCCGACCACGGCGCUCCUAUUUCGAUGAAGGCGCUAUUGUAGCGGAACAAUCGCGUGGUGCCAAUCAUGGUAUAUACCGUCUCUCUGCCGGCUCACAACGAACAUACACAUACCAUCAUCUAUCUCCACGGCCACAGCAGCAGUGCCCACAUUUUAAGCCAACAGCUAUGGGAGACUCGUGAUUGCCGGGGCGAAAGUGUGCAGCACAUCUUCCCCUCUGUCAAAUGGGUUUUUCCUCAGGCCAACGAAAUCUUCGUUACUCGGCUGGAUCAGACCAUGCGGGAGUGGUUUGACGUAGUGGAUAUACAAAAUCCGGAUGAGCGUCGUGAGCUCCAACGCCCUGGCUUGAAAGAUGUCGUACCGCAGCUAGUUGAGCUGGUAGAAUAUGAGGGGAGGAUCGUUGGUCUUGAGAAUGUCAUUCUGGCUGGGAUUUCAGAAGGUUGUGCCACCGCUAUCCAGGUUCUUUUGAAUUUGCGGGGCCAAAACAGGAGGCUAUGUGCAUUCAUAGGCACUUCGGGGUGGAUGUCCUUGGGCGGGAGUUCUGCGCAGGAAUCUCGUGAGCUGCUUGGGCUGAAAAUUUCUGGGUCGAGCCAUAACGUAUACCGCAACACCCCGGUGUUCAUAUGCCACUGUGCCGACGAUCCCUCGGUCCCGAUCGAACAGGGAAGGCGACUCAGAGAUACACUGAUAACGUAUGGGAUGACAGUGACAUGGAAGGAAUACCCAACCGGCGGCCACUGGAUCAACUGCCCACAAGGUGUCGAAGACAUUGCUACUUUCCUACGGGCCCAAGGCCUGACCCACAACCGCUAUCGUUAGGGACGAUGACCCUUAAACAUACAUAGGAUGAACGGCGUUUGGUGCUUUUAGGUAUCAAACUAUAGAAGGCUUGAUUAGGAUUGGCGUUGAGGUAUUCUGAUUUUCUACGGUCGAGUCGUCUUGGUGGCGGGAUAUUUUGGAGAUUAAGGCAGAGGCGUAUUUGAUGUUGAGGAAAACGAGAUUUGCAUCGCCGGCCACGUUGCCGCGUCAAGGUCUCUGUCUGGAAAUGGGAGGCUUCGGUUCUU